AUGCGAAUCAGCAGCGGCAACAGCAGCAGGCCCACGGUCACGGCCACGGCCACGGCCACGGCCACGGCCACGGCCACGGCCACGGGCAUGGCCAUCAUCAUGGUCCACUCGGCCGGGCAUCACAAGCAGUUCAUGAUCGGAGAACGGGUGUCCAUUGAGUGCAAGCUCCCGAACAGCCGCAUGUGGAACUUCUUCCCCCUUUGCAUGGGCGAGGACGACCGACUUGAGCCCCUCUCCUUCAUCGUCGGCAAGGAGGGCACAUAUGAUUGCAAGUUCACCCUGCCGCCGGCCAUCCGCCAGGAGGCCGUUCGCAUCCUCAUGGCCAAGGAGCAUAUCGAGUGCCGCAUUCCCAUGACUUGGGAUCGGCACUCGUACCUGCCGCUGAUUUUGCCGGUGUGGUUCGAGUCGCGCCAGCUCGAGGCCGAGCCGGCCCAGCUGUCGGCCUUCCAUCCCGGCCUGAGCAAAGGCCAGGUUCUGCAUGUGAACACCCGGGCAAAUUGGCUUUUCCACAUUUACGAUGGGUUCAUCCUCGGCGCCACGGCAUACCCGGUUCGUGAUGAGUUUGUUCCCGUUCGCGUGUCACUCAGCUCGCCCCUUCGCAUGCAUGGGUCGUACAGCUGGCUCGCGGGGAACUCCUUCUUCAAGGCCACGGCCGCCAAUGCCAACCUCAUGUCUGUGGAGGAAGUCGUGGCCCAGAUUAACAAGGAUCUGGCCCGGAAUGCGCCGACUCCCUCGCCCACGGCGGCUGGCACCGAGAACCGGGCCGCCGACCCGAAGGCCUCCUCCAGUGACUCGCUCGCCCGGCCGGAGUCCAAGAUCCCCACGCGCACCGAGAUCGAGACCCACACCCAGGCCAAUGUUGUGGCCGCCUCGUACAUGAGCAACUGGCCGAUCAGCUCCAUCAUCUUGACCUUCAUCACCUCCUUCAUCCUGGGGCUGGUGGCCAUCAUCGGCAUCUACCGGGUGAUGAUCAGCCCCUGGUACCAUUCCGUUGUGCGGGAGCGCCUGAAGGAGGACUGA